UUCGGAAAGAGACAUUAAAAUAAGAAAAGGGGGAAAGGUUACCUUUUUAGUAGGGCCCAAAUAAUAUGUAGAUGAACAAAGAGGAGAAAGUGCCACGGUGGUGGAAAGGGGACCACUACAAACAAGAAUGUGUGAGUAUGCAUGAUCUUCUCCGAGAAAUGGCACUGGAAGUCAGUCAAUUUUUUGUGAAAGCUGGCAUUGCCUUGGAAAAGCUACCAGAAGAGGAUGAAUGGAGAGAUUGUUUAAAGGUUUCUUUAAUGAGGAAUCACAUAAAAGAAAUUCCAUCAAGCAUGCCUUCUCUAAAGUGUCCUAUGCUCACAACCUUGCUAUUAUCCAAUAACAAUAUUUCAACCAUUCCAGAAGCUCUUUUUGAGCAUAUGCUUGGGCUCAAGAUUCUUGAUAUUUCCCACAAUCUUGAGCUAAGUAGGCUGCCGAGUUCUGUUUCCAAAUUAGAGAAGCUUACUACAUUAUUGCUGGGGAAUUGUGGCUUCUUAGAAGAGGUACCGUCUUUAUCCAACCUUGUAGGCUUAAAAAAGUUGGACCUUUCCUGGACAUCAAUUGAAGAACUACCCCAAGGCCUCAAUAUGUUAACAAAUCUAAAAUAUCUUAGUCUUGGUGGAAGAUUAUCUGAAACACUUGAUGAACAGCUACAAAAUCUCUCCAAACUUCAGCAUUUACUAGUAAAUGCUUAUCCCGAUGCCGAAACAAAAUAUAAAUGGGAGACGAUUGGAAUUUGGGGGAAGCUUCAAAACCUUGAGAAGUUGGAACUUGGUUAUUUGGAUAACUUGAAUAUGGUGUUUGGGGAAGUAGGAGCAAUUGUUGAGUCGGCACCGCUACCAGCUGGCACAUUUUCCUCUCUUCAAUAUAUUAGUGUUAUUGAAUGUGAUAAAAUAAAGAUGUUAUUCUCAGUUAGGUGGUUGGGAUAUCUCCAGAAACUACAAACUAUUGAGGUUACUUAUUGUUGGCAAUUGGAGGAGAUAAUAGGGUCUGAAUCUGAAGAAGGAGAAAAAGUCACUCUACCCAACUUAGAAAGCUUGAGAUUGGGCUCUUUGCCCCAAUUGAAGAGCAUCUAUAGUGGUUCUUUGAUUUGUGAUUCCAUCAAGAAAAUUAAAAUUUUCAAUUGCAAAAAUAUAGAGAGUGCUUUUUGGUCAGGGUUUAACCCACUUCCAAAUCUGGAAUAUCUAUGCCUCUUUGAAUUACAGAGUUUGAAAUGUGUGUUUGAUGAAGAAAGUCUUGGUUUAUCACCACUUGUACCUCCCACAAGCUUUUUCCCUCUUAAAGAAAUUGAGGUUCUUGAUUGUCAUCAAUUAAAGAAGGUAUUCUCAUCUGGAUGGCUGCUCCGCUACUUCCAGUCUCUAGAGACUAUUAAGGUUGAAAAUUGUCCGAAAAUGGAGGAGCUGAUAUCAUCAUCAGCACAUGAAGAAAAAAAAGUCACUCUACCCCAGUUACAAAGCUUGAAAUUGAUUGAAUUGCCGCAAUUGAAGAGCAUCUGCAGCAGCUCUAGUGUGUUGAUUUGUGAUUCCAUCCAGAGUCUGAUAAUUUACAAGUGUGAGAAGCUAAAAAGGAUUCCUCUGAAUUUUCACUUGCUUGAUAAUGCCCAAUCAUCUCAUCCUCCUUCCCUCAAAAAAAUUAGGGUAUACCCAAAAGAAUGGUGGGAAUCAUUGGCAUGGGACCAUCCCAAUGCAAAAGACAACCUUUGACCCUUCUGUGAAUUUCGGCAGAUUUAUUGGUGAUCCUAGGCAAAUUGAUUAGUGGUAGGGUAGGAGGCACUACAAAUUUUAUUGCAUUUGCAUGUCUCUUCUCAAAUUUCAUUCAACAACAUUAUCAUAAUCAACAACAACCAAGACUUACUUUCAUCAACAAUAGUGGCACACUCUGUUAUUUAUCUCCUCAGAAUUGCCCAAGAAGGACUAGCAUUCAGUGGUCUCCAUAUUUGCUCUUAAAGGUGUCUGCUUUGGCGAUGAAAUGAUUGACCAGGUUUCAGUAGUUUCAGUACUCUUGCUAGUCCUUGCUUCCCUGCCUCUUAUUUGACACCUUGUUUCGAAUUCAAUGGUCUCCAUGUGUGCCCUUAAAGCUGGCCAUGGACAGAUUGACUCGAUUUCUGAAGUGAUCUUUCACAGGAAAGUGAAACGGAUUUCCAAAAGGAAGGGUGGGGUCAGUAAUAUGGAUGCCUCUUUAUAGAGUACAAUGCAAAAACUUGAGUGAAUGUAGAACAAUGCUAUGACGAGCUUGUCUUAAAGGUAACUAAAAUCCAUGUACUUUAUUCCAUAAUUGAUAUAGCCUAAUGUUUUUUUUUUAGAUACUCCUGCCUUGAGACAAGGAUCUAUAUGUUUGGAUACAAGAGAAACAUGGAAGCUAAUUAAAGCUUUUGAAUUUGGAUAAUUUAGCUGUUGAUAUACUGAUAUACUGCUGUUCUUGUUUUACUUUUGAGGCUUCAAUUAAUACCAUAUAAUGGGUUUGCAUAAUUCUGGAUAAUGUGCUAAUUUUC